GACGUCAGAUUAGCCAGCUUCAAACGACAGAGGGACAUCAGAACUUCCAGGGAACUGAUUCUGACUUCAGCCACCAAGGUUUCCCCUCAGAGGACGUGUUUCUGAUAUUUUCUGCCUUUUGGCUUCCUGUGGAGGCUUCCUUCGGUUUCAGGUCAUCCGUGGAGUUCUUCUUUUUUUCAUUUUGAGUGAUUUUCCAAAAACCUUUGCAACCAUGUCGACGGCGAUGGAGGGAGUGGGGUUCAUCAUGAACAUCAUCGGCUUUCUGAUCACCGGGGCGGCGCUGACUAACGACUACUGGAAGGUCUCCACGGUGUCCGGCAGCGUCAUCAUCUCCCAGAGGCAGUUCGAGAAUUUGUGGCACGCCUGCGCCGAGAACAGCGGCGGCAUCGCAGAGUGUCGGGACUUUGAGUCCAUGCUGGCCCUCCCCGCUCAUGUGCAGGCCUGCCGCGCUCUGAUGAUCAUCUCCCUGCUGCUCUGCCUCGGCUGCAUGAUCGUCUCUCUGCUCGGACUCAAGUGCAUCAAGAUCGGCUCGGCCACAGACGAGUCCAAGGGCAAGAUGGCCGCCGGCGGAGGAAUCAUGUGCAUCCUGGGAGGCCUGUGCUGCAUCAUUGCCUGCUCCUGGUACGGAUUCCAGGUGGUUGAGGACUUCAACAACCCGUUCUACGGAGGCAUGAAGUUCGAGCUGGGCGCCGGCCUCUACAUGGGCUGGGCCGGAGGCUCUCUGAGCAUCCUGGGGGGAGGCCUCCUCUGCAGCGCCUUUAAGAGAGCGUCACCUGCUGGCAAGACGGGCGUCUACCCGGCCAAGAAGGUCUACACCGCCACGGCCCGGUCCGAGCCGGAGUCCAGCAGAGCUUAUGUCUAAUCACACACCUGCACACGCAUGAGAGGACUCUCCACUGGCUUGUUUGUUUCUUCAAGGUUCUGCUGUGAGUUGACAGGCGAAGAAACCUAAAGUUUUAAACCAUGAAGAGCUUUUGUUGAGGGAACAGGAAGAAGCGACGACAGAGACACAAACCUGCCACGUUCCAAACCUUCGUCUGAAUUAUUUCAAUCCCCACUGUCGUUCUGAUUAUCUUUCAUUGUCGAUGAUUUUACCUAACCUGUUUCACAUUUAUUUUUAUCUGAAUAAAGUUUGUUAACAAAACAG